UGUCAUGUUUAUAUGCCCCUCUCAUUCUCUUUCUCUUCCCAUCCACCUCGCUUCCACCCGCUCCAUCCCCAUCCACCAUGUCCGUCACCACCAAAGCCACCAUCGCCUCCUUCGGCGGCAAGCUCCUCAAGCUCAGCCAUGCCGCCACCUCCACCAAAUGCGAGAUGUCCUUCAACCUCUACCUGCCCCCUCAGGCCUUCCAGAAUCCGUCCCAGAAGAUCCCCGUCCUGAUCUACCUGUCCGGGUUGACCUGCACGGCCGACAAUUGCUCUGAGAAGGGCUUCUUCCAACACGGGGCCAGCAAGAAGGGCAUUGCUGUGCUGUACCCGGAUACCAGUCCGCGCGGCCUCAACAUCCCCGGCGAAGCCGACGCCUGGGACUUCGGCACCGGCGCCGGCUUCUACGUCGAUGCGACCAACCCACCCUACAACAACGGCUAUAACAUGUACACGUACGUGACGGAGGAACUGCCCCAGACGGUAUUCGCUGCUUUCCCGCAGUUGGAUUCCUCCCGGGUUAGUAUUACGGGUCAUAGUAUGGGUGGACAUGGAGCUUUGACUUUGUUCCUUCGGAACCCUGGCAAAUAUAAAUCCGUCUCUGCGUUCGCGCCUAUCUCGAACCCGAUUAAUUGUCCGUGGGGUCAGAAGGCUUUCUCUGGGUACUUUGGAGAGGGCCAGACGGAGAAGUGGAAGGAGCAUGAUGCUACGGAGUUGGUGAAGAAGUGGAAGGGCAGGUUGGAUGUUUUAAUUGAUGUGGGCACCGGCGACAACUUCUACAAACAAGGCCAACUUCUUCCCGAGAACUUCGAAAAGGCAGCCAAGGAGGCGGGCGUGGAGGGCGUGACGGUUCGGUACCAGCCCGAUUACGAUCACAGUUAUUUUACGAUGGCGACGUUCUCGGAUGAUCAUGUCGAACAUGCGGCUAGGUUCUUGUUUGCUUAGUGGGUUUCUCUCUUUUCUUUUCUUUUCCUUUCUCUUGGGUCUUUGUUUGGUCUUCUGGCGUGGACUUGAUUGUCUAUGUCUGUCUGUGAAGUCUUGUAUGAAAAGAAUGUUCAGGGUUCGUGGGUCGGUUCUGAUUGUGUGAAGCGAUCGGCAGGUCAGAGCACUGAUAUAGAUUGUUGGACUGGGGGAAACAUAUAUGCAUAUAUUGAAUGAGAUAACAUGAGGUCAACAUAAAUAUUAUGUACAUUGUGUUG